AUGCGGUUUACCGACCAAGAAACACAACGUCGGAUCGCGAACCAGCCGAAGCCGUUCUCGGCUGAGGAGCACGCCGACCUACGCAAGCAGCUCAAGAAUGUCAACUUCAUCAAGCCGAGAUAUGCAGACGAAACCGAGAUCAAUAUCGCGGUCGUAUGCAGGAAAUGGAAACGUUACUGUCAAGAGCAGAACCUCGGUGAAUGGCAAGCGGCCUUGGAAAACGUAACUCGCGAGACAAUGAUGAGCUUCUUUCUCCGGAUCAGCGAGUGGUCGAUAGGGAAAAUCAAAUCUUGGGGUACGACGCAGGUAUAUAUCCGGCAGUUUCAGCAGCUAUACACCACCGUCGCCGGUCGCUACAUGGACAGGAAUGAUGCGAAAGAGCUGUACAAGUUCCACCACACGGUCCUGAUCCCCCGCUUCGGAUACCGGGCACCGAACAUCAACGGGAAGCCAGUCCUCGGAGCCGAUAACCUACUGGCCAUCUUGACGUUCAACAUUGCGUAUGAUACUGGUAUUUUCCCGUCAGAACGGCAGCGCACUCAGCUGGCUGGUUGCUACCAGCUCCUCUGCUACACUGGUGCGCGGCCUGCCGAGAUCGUGCAUGCCGAAAGGAAAAAACCCAAAGACGGAUGCACGGACGAGAUUUUCAAGCUCCAAGGCGUCAAGUCCCUUGAUCUUGAGUGUGGCAAAGACACAGAGAAUGUGGAUUAUGAUGACCAACCACCACAAGACAAAGACUCCCUUCUCCUCGACAGAUUGUUGAUACAGGAAACAGCUGGGCGUGGGCGUCCGAAAGCCUUGUGCUAUGAGGACGUACUCAUGAUGAUUGUUCGCCAUCCAGUGACGGGACGAGCCGUUCCGGCAAUGGCUGUCAAGUUCAUCCACCACAAAGGAGCUGACAACAAGCCAAGACCGACUGUCUUUUUCUUUACGCCUGCAAGAAGGUUCAUCUUCUGUGCCGUCAGCACCAUCAUCGCCUUAGCGCUCCACGACCAGGCUUUCGACGCAGCAAGCCUGACAGAUGCAACCCAGGUACUAAAAGCAGAGGUCAGGGGUCCAGUCCAGUCUACGGCUUUACGGUGGAAGCAGUCAAUGCUCAAGGUUCCGAUCUUUCGAAAGCUCAGCGGCAGUGCGUUGGCCGUUGACGAGGCCAUGAGCUAUUCCAAAUUACGAGACGACAUGGGCCGACAGAGCCUUGAUGCAGGUUUCGAGAAGGCCUGGACUCCACGUUUCGCCCGAAGAGGGGCGGCAAAUGCAGCAAAUGGGAAUGCGUCUGAUGCCGUGCGCGACCAGAUGAUGCGCCACGAUCCCAAGUUUGCCACGUUUCAAGGCGCAUACCUCAACGAGAACGUCCAAUUCGACCUCCAGAAUACUUUCCUAGAAGAGGAAACCGAGGAGCAGAUGUAUAAGGUGUUUGCGCAUGUCAGCCUCACGCGCGAUCCCCGGGCAACAAGAGACAUGGUCCCCAAGGAGGUCUGGGAGAACUUGCCUCCCGAUCCGGAAAUUCUGGAGCUGGAGCAACGGCGACAGAAAAUGAAGGGUGGUCAAUACCGAGUGCAAGGUGAAGAGAACGAAGCCGAAAUCCGCAGGCUAACCGAGGAGAUACGCAUGAAGCGGGAUCAACGCGACAAGACUGUCGUGAAAGAGUAUCGCGAAUAUCAUUUCUACAACCGCCCAACAUGGGAUAUCGAGAGGCAAGCGAACGGCGAAGAAGACGAGGAGUAUACUGAACCGGAAAUCAACCUCCAGAUUCCCGAGCGCACCAGACUGGCCCACAUCCUCUGCCACCAACCAGCCGACUGCUCUCACGACAAACUCAUGGAGCUUCGGAUUGAGGCUAUCGAUCUGAUGGUCACACUUUGUGACAAGAGAGAGACGGUCAGACGAGACCGCAUCCGCACCCAUCCUCAACCCAAGCCAACCAUCGAAGAGACUCCUCAACCCAAGCCCUUCCCACUACUCCUUGAUCCGAAUCAGUGCCCUGAUUGUGUUGGGGAUUGCAGGCUUUCACUAGCAGAACGGACGUUCAAGUACUGCCGGCCAACGGUCAGAAAUGACCACUUUGACGACCAGCAUCUGGUAGAACGAGAGCGUGCCGUCCAACGUGGCAAUCUCAUUCGGUGCAACCAUCCUCAAUGCCAGGAUGACCCGAAUUUCGGGACACUAGAUGCGUUCAGACGGCAUGUACAGACCUCCCAUGGUGUUUCCCUCAGGACAUCAGGCCAGGUCGAGCAAAGACGAUCAAAGAAGGUAAAGCGUAGACGGAUGGCUAAAGGGACACAAGGCUAG